AUGACUUGCUCUCCCAGGGGGCUAUCCACCCUGUUCCUGGCGGUGUUGCCCUGGAUCGUCUCUUUCCCGUCGGCGCUCGCCGCUCAGCCCUCCGCGCCCGCUCCCAUCUCCGCUCCCCUACGAGCUCUCGAGUUCGGACAACUGAAUUUCCUUCAUACUACCGAUACCCAUGGCUGGCUAGCCGGCCAUUUAGAGGAACCUUCCUACUCGGCGGACUGGGGGGACUAUGUUUCGUUCGCGACGCGCAUGCGGGAAAAGGCCGAGGCGCAGGGCCAAGAUUUGCUGGUCAUUGAUACCGGAGAUCGCGUCGAGGGCAACGGUCUCUAUGACUCGUCCGAGCCCAAAGGCAUCUUUCUCUCGGAGAUCCUCCGUCAUCAACACAUCGAUGUGAUCACAUCGGGAAACCAUGAACUUUACAAACAGAACACGUCGGAGGCCGAAUUUCUGAGCACUGUUCCUAAUUUCCGGGGCAAAUACCUUGCCUCCAAUAUCGAUAUCAGUCAUCCCGAAACUAACGAACUAGUUCCGCUCGCCCCGCGAUUCAAGAAGUUCACCACUAAGAAACAGGGCAUCCGCAUCGUAGCGUUCGGCUUCUUGUUUGAUUUUACUGGCAAUUAUAAUAAUACUGUGGUUCAGCCAGUGGAGAAGACCAUCAAAGAGGACUGGUUCCAGGAGGCCAUUCGGGAUAAAGAGGUCGAUCUUUUUUUAGUCGCUGGCCACGUCCCGGCGCAUUCACCUGAAUAUUGGGCCAUCUUUGAAGAGAUUCGAAGAAUCCGCUGGGACACUCCGAUCCAGUUUUUUGGCGGACACGAGCAUAUUCGCGACUAUGCGAAAUACGACUCCAAGGCCUUCGCUCUUGCCAGUGGCCGGUUCAUGGAGACAAUCGGUUUCACCUCGAUCGACGGUCUUUCUACCGGUGAUCAGUCAAGUGCAGCAUCAAGCCCCGUUUUCAAGCGACGAUACAUCGAUAACAAUCUUUACUCUUUUUACCAUCAUACUGGCCUGGAUGAAGAGUCCUUCCCGACUGAAAAUGGCCUCAACGUUUCUCAGCUCAUUACUGAAUCCCGAAGUGCUCUUCGACUGGAUCAUGUUCAUGGCUGUGUCCCGCGAACCCUCUGGACAUCCCGAGUCCCAUACCCAAACCCAAAUAGUGUUUUCACGUGGCUGCAGACCAGGGUGCUGCCCGAUUCUCUUAAAGAUGAAUCUCGGGGUGAGGUCCCUUCAGUGGCCAUAUUGAAUACGGGUGCCAUGCGAUUCGAUAUCUUCAAGGGCGAAUUCACGCAAGAUACCAUAUGGACCAUAUCACCAUUUACCAACAGUUUCCGCUACGUUAAGGACGUUCCUUAUGAAAAGGUACAACUGAUUAUGGAGGUCCUUAACAAGCAGCCUAAGGUCCUAGAGACGCUCGAGUCAGGCUCAAAGCUCUCCCCUUUGCCAUGUCCUGAAAACCUUGCCCGGGCGGCAUACUUCACUACUGAGGUUGUUGAAGAAGAUUUGGAAACGCAGCCAGUCUAUAACAUAGCUGGCUCACAUCAAGCUCCUCUCUCAGUCGACAGACUAGAUGAGAAGAUUCUGCCGGGAUAUACGACCAAGGAUGAUGCAGGCACCGAUGGAGAUGACACCGUUCAUUCGCCCAUUUCCUUCUAUGAAGUUCCCAACUGUAUCCAAGCGUUGCUGUCAGCCGACAAGUCGGGGGUUCCGGAGACGGUCGAUCUCAUUUACAUUGAGUUCAUCCAGCCGCACUUGGCGAUGGCUGCCAAAUUUGCUAGCCUUGAUGUUGAUUUCUUCAAGGAUAGUGAGGUGUACAUGCCGUCGACGACACUGACGGAUUUGCUUUUAGCGUGGGUGAAGAAGCACUGGAAGUGCGAGUAA